UGGACUUGGCGAUGACUUAAAGUAAUCGUGAUCACCCGCGAAUCGGACGUAUAUAUAAGGACAGACUUAUAUAAAGCGACGAAUCUUUCUUUGAGCUGUGCGUGUUGCGGUAAGCCCGAGCGAUCAUCAAGCAGGGAGGUUUACAGGAGCAGGAAUUUUAGCGAAGAUUGAUAUUGGCUACGUGAACAAUCUCGUCAAUCCUUACGACAACGAUAAGAGCACGAGAUACAAGGGAAUGACGAAAAGAGGUAGCCGACAAGCCGCCACUAGGACAAGCUUGUGUCUGCUUGUGGCGGCACUCGUGCUGUCCUGUAUCACAAGUGGCAACAGGGCCUACGCGCUCCCGCGACCGGAACCGCUGCCGCCAGGUAUCUUCAUCGGCGAUCCCGCAGACGAGGCGGAGAAUAUCAUGUUGGUGAAUCGCCUAAAGCAGUUGAUCGAGCAGAAGCAACGAGUAGUCGAACAGGAGAACGAGAUCACCGACGAGCAAAUCGAGAUCCAGGCACUCCUGGAGGCGAAGGCGAGGGAACGGGAGCGUGCGAUGUUAAUGGAACAACCACCGGACUACUCCUCCGGAGAAGCGGAACCGGAAGCGCUGCCGGUACCCGCGGCUAUGAUCCACGAUCAUCAACAUCCAGGCAAACGACAAGGUGUGAAUGCAGUCAGUUAUAUGUCCCUGUGCCACUUCAAGAUCUGCAACAUGGGACGUAAGAGGCAAUCGAAAUAAAUCUCCGUAAAAGGCAGUCGCGAGAAGUCAGUUCGAAACGGACGGCAGAUGCGGCGAGGAGCUGAGGAGCUUGGAGGAGACCUCAUUGUGCUUUAAGAAAACAUUAAGUAACAGAUCAAUAAAAAAAACACAUCUUGCUACAAUCAAUUAAAUAAUCGAAGUGAAGAAGAUAGCAACGACGAGCGGUCUUUAGUUGUUUCAAUGCUUCUUCUCCGUCCGAU